AUGAUCGUCAAUAGCCUUCGUUCUGAGGAUUCUGUCAGAUAUGGACAGGAUAUGAAGGAGUUUUCGUGGAAGCCAGCAUUUGAUAAGGAUAACAAUGUAAGUUUUCCUGAGUUCAUCCGAAGAUAUACCACGCAACCUACACUGGCGGCAAUUUAAAGAUCAGUGCCAUCCGUGUUUCUCUCUUUGAUUACGAUGUCAUAGGUAAUUUGGAGACUUUGGCAGAAGACGCCGCCCUUGUGUUAAAAAUGGCGGGAAUUGGCGACCGUGUAAAUUUCCCGCCAAUACAAAACGCGACAGGCUCACGUGAUAUGGAACAUUAUUAUAGCCAAGUUCCCCAUGAAGACAUAAAAAGGCUUGCAGAGUUAUAUCGAGACGACUAUGAACUUUUCGGGUAUGAAUUUUUUGGUCCUUUGAAGCAUUUACUAAAUCAGUCUUCGAAUAUCGGUGUUUGA